AUGGCAGAUCUGCCGGACCUCCCAGGCAGAGGCACCUACUUGACAAACCCGGAAUGCCUUCAAACUCUGUCCUGCACCGACCACGAGUUUACACUUCUUAGAGAUGCUGUACUGUCAAUCGGUACAAAGCCCAGCUUUGAUGGCAAAACGCUCUUUGACCAGGACCUUCGGAAAUUUGACUCUUUGGGGCGACAUCGGCGGAAGCUGUGGGCUGAAGUCGAGAGGAGCAACCCGCUCUUCGCAGAACUGCUCGCAGGCAAACGACAGAAUUGCGAUGCAAAGACGUGGUCAGAAUACGUUACCAGGGUCAAGUCAGCCAUAAUACACAUCGUGGUAAAGCCAUUGAGGAAGAAGAUAGCUAGCACCAACGGCGCGAAGUCGAUACCGAAAAAGCGCGGCAGCACAUCCGAAGUGAUCGAUCUUGACAACGACACGGAGCAUGCGAAUGAGCAAGUGAAGGAACUCGAUACCACGCUCGGGUCAGAAACCAGUGGACGCCCUGAAAAGAGACCAAAGCUGUCUUCGCGGAUCCCGGACGCGCCUGAGAUCUCCCUAUCUGCUAGCAGGAAUACCACUCCACUUCGUAAGAGUGUUAACUCACUGGAAGGGGCCGAAGAGAUCUUGGAUGACGAUCAGCGUCACUCUAAGGAGAUACUUCCCCCUCACGACCAGUUCUCCGACGAAUGCGCCAGCGGCUUCGCAAACAAGAUGAUGCAGCUCGUCAAACAGCAUCUAGAACAGCGUAUCGCAGAUCUGGAGGACACCUUCGAAGCUCGUGUAGCAGUACAAGUCACAGCAGAGCGAGCAGAAAUCGCCGAGGAGCGCGCAGAGCAAGCAGAAGAGCGCAAAAAUCUGGCUCGCGUCGUAGAAGAGCAGGUGAAAGAAAGAGUCUCUGCAGAGAAGCAGAAAUUGGAAUCUGCCAUCAUGGGAGAAGCUGAAGCUCAGGUUGCUGCCGAGAGGAACGAGAUUGGCAUUCUGGUCGAGCGAGAAGUGCAAAUGAGACUGCCAGAAGAGAGGAUCAAAUGGGAAGAGGCAGUUGCAAAGCAGCUGAAGAGCUUAUUCUGA